CCACACAGAGAGGCUCAGCAGUGGAGGAAAGAACAGCCUCUCUGGGUUUUCUGCUGCUGUUUUUGGGAAAGCAGCCGUAUUUUUUGUCUCAGGGGUUUUCUAUUCAGAUUUGGACAAUGACUUUGGAGCUCUCUGUACACUUUUCCUCUCAUCUCCGCUGGGGAUUACCACAGGAAUAGUGUGUGUGCAUGUGCUAGUGUGUGUCCGUCCAGCACUAUGCCUGCUUCUGUUAGUCUUGGAUCUAGCUGCAGGAGUGGAUCACCAUGAGAGGAGGUCACCACCAGCGAGGGUGUGGGUGUCAGCACCUGUUCAGAAAACUGCUCAGCAAAUGUGGCUGCUGUUUUGUCCGAGUCAGAGCAGAGUCAUACUCUGUGGCAGGCAGCGAUGGUAGUAUCACCCCAUCAGCGGGCUCUGUGCCCCACCAGGCCUCGGGCAGCUCCAGCCCCUGCUCACACUCUUCAUCCGGAGGAUCACGCCACCCUGUCAGUGCCCUGAAGAAAUGGCUCACCAACCCCGUCCGCAAACUGAGCUCUGAUGCCAGAGGAGGUGCGGGAAAAGUCGAAAAGCAGAUGUGCAGAUCAGACGGGAGGCAGCCGCCAUUGCCUCUUUCCCACAAUGAAGCUCAGCCGAGGCUUCUGGGACCACACAAUAACUACACCAUCCUGCCCACAGGAGAUACGAUGUGGACAGACAGUCUGUCAAGUCCAGCAGCUUCUUCUGCAACACAGCCGUCCUGUCAGAGCAACUUAUCUGACCUCCUGCAAGGCAGAGACACACAGAGUCUAAGUCAAAAAUCCAUCAUCAACACUCUCCAAGGUGAAGACGACCGUGCUGUGACUGAUGACUCAGGCAGUCAGUGGUCUGCUACAGUGGACAGUGAAGAGGAGAGAAACAUUGCCUUAGAGAAGAGCAUAUAUGUGCUGACAGAGUUAAUAGAGACAGAAAGGUUGUAUGUGGAAGAUCUGGGACUCAUAGUGCAGGGCUACAUGGCCACCAUGGCCAAUCAAGGAGUUCCAGAUGACAUGAAAGGGAAGGACAGGAUUGUGUUUGGAAACAUCCACCAGAUCUAUGACUGGCAUAAAGAUUAUUUCCUGGGGGAGCUGGAGAAAUGUGUGGGUGAUCCAGACAGUCUGGCCCAGCUCUUCAUCAAACAUGAGCGACGUCUUCACAUGUAUGUGGUUUACUGUCAGAACAAACCCAAGUCAGAGCACAUUGUCUCUGAAUACAUUGAGACCUACUUUGAGGAUCUCAGGCAGCAGUUGGGUCACAGGCUGCAGCUCAAUGACCUGCUCAUCAAACCUGUUCAGAGGAUCAUGAAGUAUCAGCUCCUGCUGAAGGACUUCCUGAAGUACUAUGGUAAAGCAGGAAGGGAUGUUGAGGAGCUACAGAGGGCCGUGGAGGUGAUGUGUUUUGUGCCAAAACGCUGUAAUGAUAUGAUGAAUGUAGGCAGACUCCAGGGUUUUGAGGGUAAAAUCACAGCUCAGGGGAAGCUCCUCCAGCAGGAUACCUUCUCUGUCAGCGAGCAGGAAAGUGGCUUCCUGUCCAGAGCGAGGGAGAGGCGGGUCUUCCUGUUUGAGCAGCUGGUCAUCUUCAGUGAGCCAAUUGAUAAGAAAAAAGGCUUCUUAUUGCCAGGCUACACUUUUAAAAACAGCAUCAAGGUCAGCUGUUUGGGUGUGGAGGAGCACUCUGAGGAAGAUCCGUUCUGUCUGGUCCUGACCUCCCGGGGUACUGACGGCAGCGUGACACGCUUCAUCAUGCAGGCAUCAUCUCCAGAAAUACAGCAGGCUUGGCUCAGUGACGUGGUUCAGAUCUUAGAGACUCAAAGGAACUUCCUUAAUGCCCUUCAGUCCCCGAUAGAGUACCAACGCAGGGAAAGCAAGUCAAACAGUCUGGGCAGGAACAUGAAGUCCCCAGUUGUGUCAGCAUCUGGCCUGCGACCUCACUCCUCGGCGUCCAUGGAUCGACGUCAGCAGCCCUGCCUGCUGUCUUACAACACCUCCUUGCCCUCUCUGCAUCCGCCCCAACACAGCCCUGCCUCAAAGGCGGUUUCAAAUCCUUGUGCUGUGGCUCCUCAAGCAUCUCACCCGCCACUAUCCUCCCACCAUCAGCUCAGUUUGUGCACAGAGGUGAGGCACGACCGUGGGACGUUUAAUGGUCUGCCGCCGUGCAGCCAGCACAGCAUGCAGGGUGAGGGUGGAACUUAUUCAGCACAUCGACCAAACAACCUGGAUCAGCUCAUGGAGAGCGAUCAGUGAUGAGCUGCAGUGACACGUGAACUCUCUUUACCCUUCUGGAGUAGGAGUGCCUGGCCUGAGUCACAGUGCUCUGUCAGCACUGUUUGACUGUAUCACUCCUGUACAGAAGUCAUCAAGGUGUUCCUGUCUCUGUCUUCACAUUUUGCCCCAAAUUCACUUCAGAGUUUCCUUCAAGUACCACUAAUAUGGAGGUUAACGUGGAUUUCCUCUUGAUUUGAUUGUGUUCAUUUGAGUGUGAGUGCAUAUACUUCAUAUACACGUCCACAGAUGGCGAUAACAGGUGAGAUGAAAUGUGCAAAAAUAUGGUUUUGAAGCACCACAGAGGCUGUGCUUCAUAUUGUAAAUGUACAAAUUUCUUACUUUUUCCAUUGAAAUUUCCUUGAUGGAUAUUUUUGUAAUGCAUACUAUUUUUCAUAAGGGACCAAUUCCACUUUAUUCCCCCAGAGAUCAGGGCUCUCAGAUCCCUUAACACGAUCAUACUCUGUGUCCUCAAAUCACUGUAUCCUUGGAUUCACUGGGUGACUGUAGAUUCCACUUUCACCGUGGGAUCUGAAUACAUAUGAAAUGUGAAGUACGUCUGUGCAUUUCCAGAGGACUAGAAAAUAGCUUGUGUUUUGCCAUUGGUGGGCUAUUUUAACUCUGCCAUUGUUCGAGUGUUAUCUGAACUCAACACACACAACUCGCACAGAGCGUGUGUCAUAAUCAAGCAGAAAGAGGAAAAAGGGAACAAAGAUAAAACAGAGGUGCUCAUAUGUCACUGUCAUCUUGAAUGUAAAUAUCUCAUGUGGAAUCAUAUCAGUAAAAUCUGUGACUUGUUAUGUCCUGAUACACACACAGAAUUAAAGAGAA